AUGCACGACAAAUAUGAGGAAAAGCCCGACACCGUGGGCAAAGAGUUCAGCGAUGAAUUCACGCCCGAGGAGCGUGAGCACGAGAUCGAGGCACGCGAUCAACAGGCCCAGCAGUAUCUCGGCAGCGAAUCACUGUAUGACCGGAUAGCGUUCGCACAAAUACCAGUGUACAUGAAGAGUCCUCGCAUGCUAGUCCUUACGCUGGGUGUCUUCGCCGCCUUUAGCGGCAUGCUGAGUGGUUUGGACCAGUCGGUUAUUUCCGGCGCGCUGCCUGGCAUCCGCAAGCACUUCAUCGCCUCGGGCGAUUGGACGAGCCUCGAGGACCCGAAACUGGCAACCGACAUUUCGCUGAUUUCCUCGCUGAUGCCGCUAGGCGCAAUGGCCGGCGCGGUCAUGAUGACGCCGCUGAAUUACUAUUUUGGACGCCGUAACUCGAUUAUCAUCUCGUGUUUGUGGUACACACUGGGAGGAGGACUUUGUGCCGGCUGCCGCAGUGUUGGAAUGCUGUUUGCGGGCCGAUUCAUUCUGGGCAUCGGUAUCGGAAUUGAAGGCGGCUGUGUCGGCAUCUACAUCUCUGAGUGUGUGCCACCUGAGGUGCGUGGCAACCUGGUGUCUGUGUACCAGCUGAUGAUCGCCUUCGGAGAGAUCAUUGGAUACGCGGCCGGAGGUGUCUUCUUCGACGUGCGGUCAGGCAGCUGGCGCUGGAUGCUGGGCUCGUCUCUCUUGUUUUCGACAAUUCUCUUGGUCGGAAUGUGCUUCCUGCCUGAAUCUCCGCGUUGGCUGGUAUCCAAGAACAAGACUGGCCGUGCGUGGCAGGUGUGGAAGUCGCUGCACGAUAUGGCCGACCCCAAAAGCUUGGACGAGUUCAUUGCGAUGGAAAUUACAGUCAAGCAUGAUGUCGACGCGACCACCAGCGAGGCAUGGUACAAUAGGUACAUGCAAGUGUGCACGCAGCCGCGCAACCGACGGGCGCUUGUCUAUGCGACAGCAAUGAUCUUCUUCGGACAGAUGACGGGUAUCAAUGCAGUGAUGUACAACAUGUCAAACUUGAUGGCCAAGAUGAACUUCAGUGACCGCGAGUCAGUGCUGAUGUCGAUGGUCGGCGGUGGCGCGCUGUUCUUUGGAACCGUUCCUGCCGUGUUCACCAUGGACAGGUUCGGACGACGUGUGUGGGCACAAAACAUCCUCAUGUUCAUUGUCGGCCUGGUGCUGGUGGGUGUCGGCUACCUAUACACAAAUAACGGCGUCGAUUACUUCAAUGAGCACAGAGCAACUGCCUUGGGCUUGUUCUUCUCCGGCCUCGUGAUAUACAUGGGCUUCUUUGGAGCGUAUUCGUGCCUGACCUGGGUCGUCCCAGCGGAGAGCUUUGAUUUCAACACCCGUAGCCAGGGCAUGGCAAUCUGCUCGACAUUCCUUUACCUGUGGUCAUUCAUCGUGACAUACAACUUCGAGGGAAUGCAGAAGGCGAUGACCUACACCGGCCUGACGAUUGGUUUCUUCGGCGGGUUGGCUGCGUUAGGCUUCUUCUACCAGCUGUUCUUCAUGCCCGAGACCAAGGACAAGACGCUGGAGGAGAUCGACGAGUUGUUCUUGAUGCCAACGAGCAAGCUGGUUGCGCUGAACACGAGCAAUCUGGUCAAGCGCUUCCGUUCUCAGCUUAGGGACAUUGUUCCUAGACGCGAGGUUCUCUACGUUGGCGGACGAUACACGAACGUCACGGCAAGUCUUGAUUCCCACCAAUUGUACGCGUAUCUAAAGUCGUCAAAACAGGAGAAUGCAACCAAUUCUACAUCAAUGGCUAUGAUAGGGCAAAUUUACGUCGAGAAGCUCUCCCCUCAGUCAGCCCCGGCGAACCCACCACUUCCCAUUAUUUUCAUUGCAGGCGCGGCUCAGACCGGCACCAAUUUCCUUGAUACUCCAGAUGGACGGCCGGGAUGGGCAUCCUAUUUUAUCUCCAAAGGUCACACAGUCUACCUCUCAGACCAGCCUGCUCGCGGCCGCUCCUUCUGGUCACCUGGACAGGGAAGUAUUGGGUACAUUGGCUCCCCCGAUUCGGUCUCUGAUAUUUUCACCGACGUAGCAAACAACGACAACCAAUGGCCACAGGCGAAGCUUCACACGCAAUGGCCUGGCACCGGUCGCAUUGGCGACUCAACUUUCGACGCUUUCUACAGGAGCCAGAUGCAGUUCCAGACCGACCGCUUCAUAAGCGAAGAGCAAAAUGCGCAGGCGUAUUCAGCUCUAGUCGACCUCGUCGGCGACUGUUAUAUCAUCAGUCACUCGCAGGCGGGUGCAUACGGCUGGAGGGUCGGAGACAUGCGCCCGGACCUGGUCAAGGGUAUUGUCCAGCUCGAGCCAUCUGGUCCACCGUUCACGCUCCGCCCGCCGUUUGGAAAUGACCCGGCUUUCGCUUUCGGUCUCACCGACCUCGCAAUCGGAUACGAACCGUCCGCAGGCGAGAAUGCCGAAAAUAUUGAGACAACCAUCGAGCCAGCAAUCGACGCUGAUCACGACCAAUGCAUCAUGCAGAAAUCCCCAGCGAAGCAGUUGACGAACCUGGGCAAAAUCCCGGAACUUGUUGUUACAGGCGAAGCAUCGUUCCAUGCGCCAUACGAUUACUGCACCGUCAAGUAUCUGGAGCAAGUUGGAGUAGACGUUGAAUACGCAGAUCUAGGCAAAGAGGGUAUUCAUGGCAACGGACACAUGUUGUUCAUGGAGAAGAACAACCUUGAGAUCGCAGACCGGGUGUACAAGUGGCUGAAAAAGCACUAA